AUGAUACCGGAAAUUCCAAAGGAAAUUCCAAACCCGGAGGCUGGGUCAGUGCAUGUCCCUUGUAUUCCGUUAAAACGGACUUUCGAUCAAAUGGAGUCGGCAAUGGAAGAUCCUUCGGUGUUUACCAGGCGAUUGUCGCCCGCUAUGUCAAUUCCAGAGCCGAUCAUUCGUGCACUGGGCUUACCGGAUAUACCUGAGCUCCCAUUGCUGAACUCUGCGCCCGAGGCUGAGGUUAGCCAGCACAAAGAGAAUUUAAUCCCAUCACCUGCACUAGCUUCAAUUCCAGAAGAAAGUUCUGAGGAUGGUGAUGGUGAGGACCUAGACCAAUUGGUACCUGGCGCAACUACCCCACUCACUGAAAUUGGAUUCCUUGCUCCAGCAGCGGAUCUAUCAACACCGAGAUCUCUGCCACAGGCUCCAACGGACCCUGUAACUAUGCCAGUUCCCGAAGUGGGUCACGAUGGUUCUAAUCUCAGUCCAUCAUCCAUGCCACCUCUUCCUCUGAGCCCAUUAUCGCCAGCGAACAACGAUGACCCUUUACCACCAGACGAAAGCGAUGGGAAUGAAGAUACAUCAUCUGUAGCAUCAACAGCCGAUUAUUCAGACUCUGUAUUUGGUGAUGGAGAAUCAGGCAACACAUCUGGCUAUACGGCUUCAUUGCUAUCGGAUGUGAAAAACUACGCCUACGAAAAUGGAAGACGUUACCAUUCAUACCGCGAGGGCCACUACGUCCUCCCCAACGACGAACCAGAACAAGAUCGGCAAGAUCUCCUCCACCACGUCCGCAAUCUCGUGCUCAGUGGGCGGCUUUUCCGAGCCCCACUGGGGGACCAAAUCCAGCGCGCUCUCGAUAUCGGCACCGGCACCGGAAUUUGGGCCAUUGAUUUCGCCGACAGCUUCCCCAGUACUCAAGUGAUAGGCACUGAUCUAAGUCCCAUCCAACCAUCAUGGGUACCAACCAACCUUCGUUUCGUAGUGGACGACGCCGAAUCAGAAUGGCUGUACAGUCCAAGUCAGCCCUUUGAUUUCAUUCAUGCCCGGGACCUAGGCGGUGCUAUCGCUGACUGGCCGCGGCUGCUCCGUCAGAGCUACGAACAUCUGCGUCCCGGAGGAUGGAUUGAGUUACAGGAGUUUGAAGUCAUGCUCAAGUCGGAUGAUGAUUCGAUCCGCCUUGCGCCGGCUUUGUGCGAGUUCCUUGAACGACUAACUCAAGCUAGUGAGGCAUUUCACCGACCUAUGAACAUCGCCGAAGGUCACCGGCAGCGACUGGUUGAGGCUGGUUUUGAAGAUGUUCGAGAUGAUGUGUACAAGGUUCCAUCGAGUGUUUGGGCUAAAGAUCCCGUGCAAAAGGAGAUUGGUCGGUAUAACCAAUGCUCCCUUCUUAUGGCGGUUGAAUCCUACUCGCUAGCUCUCUUCACUCGUGUGCUGGGAUGGUCAAAUAAUGAUACUCAAGUUUUCUUGGCGGGGGUGCGCAGAGAUAUCAAAAACCCCGCGGUGCAUACAUACUGCAAGUUGCAUGUCGUUUAUGGUCGGAAGCCGUCUCAGUCUUAG